UGCAGUUUCCUAACCUGUAAAUAUAUAUUUUAUAUAGACCGCCAGACCGGUAUUAGUAAAUGUUAAAAAUUACUUUAGAUUAUUUGUAAAUAAAUUAGUUUUUCGUUCGAAUGGCAUCUCCAGCUCCAAAAUCACCAGAGCAAUCUGAACGAAGUAGAAAAUAUGAUAGACAAUUAAGGUUAUGGGGUGAUCAUGGUCAAGCUUCCCUGGAAGCAGCCCACAUUUGUUUAAUAAAUGCCACUGGUUUAGGUACAGAAAUUUUAAAAUCCUUAGUAUUACCAGGAAUUGGAGCUUUCACAAUUGUUGAUGGUAAAAAGAUCACGGACGAAGAUAUUGGAUCAAAUUUCUUUCUAGAUGCUGACAGUGUAGGAAAGUCAAGAGCUCAAGUUGCAACGCAAAUGCUUCUUGAAUUGAAUCCUGACGUACGAGGAGAUUAUAUCGAUGAAGGUCCUGAACAAAUUCUAGAAAAUAGUCCCGAUUUUUUCAACAGUUUCACGGUUGUUGUUGCGACUUCUCUACUUGAAAAGUCACUGAUUCUACUUUCGAGAAAGCUUUGGGAUUUGAAUAUUCCUUUAAUAGUCUGCAGAUCUAUAGGCUUCGUUGCUUACAUGCGAGUUCAGGUGAAGGAACACACUGUAAUUGAAAGUCAUCCAGAUAACGAAGUGGCGGAUUUACGUUUGGAUAAACCUUUCGAAUUAUUAGGAAAAUAUCUUGAUUCGAUAAACCUUGAUGACCUGGAUAUCAAAGAUCAUUCGCACACUCCUUACGUUGUUAUUCUCUACAAAUUUCUGACGAAAUGGUUACAGGAGCACGAAAAUGUGCCUUCUACUUAUAAGGAGAAGGAGAUGUUAAAAAAAUUGAUAAGGGAGGGAAUAAGAAAAGAUGAGCACGAUAAUCCUACUGAUGAAGAAAACUUUGAAGAGGCAAUUAAAGCUGUCAAUACAAAUGUGAGGUGUACGACAGUUCCUUCAUCUGUAAUGGAAAUUUUAAAUGAUGAUCAGUGCGUCAAUUUAACAGCAAAAAGUAGAUCUUUUUGGAUUAUUGCAAAAGCCAUAAGGGAUUUUAUGGACAAUGAAGGCUGUGGACUGUUACCUUUGAAAGGUGCUUUACCUGAUAUGAUUGCCGAUACAGAAAAGUAUAUUGCGCUUCAACAAGUGUACCAUAAACAAGCGAUUGCCGACGUUGAAGCUGUCUGGCGACACACAAUUCGUUUGCUGAGACAAUUGGGACGUUCAAUGGAUUCUAUAUCAGAAAAAGAGGUGAAAUUAUUCUGCAGGCACGCUUCCGAUAUUCACGUCGAGAGAGGAUCGUGCAUUGCUGACGAAUAUGAUCCAAAAAUGAUAAAUGCUAAUGAGAUAGCUCAGAAAUUAGAAGACUCCGAUAGCAUGCUGGUGUACUACGUGGUCCUGAGAGGAAUUGAAAAGUUUCAGUUUGAAUAUAAUUCUUAUCCUGGGGAAUUUGACGAUCACGUCGAACCCGAUAUCAUUAAGUUAAAGGCAUGCAUAUCGAAACUUCUUGGUGAAUGGGGAUGUGGACCACUCGCGAAGGACGACUACGUUCAUGAAUUUUGUCGUUUCGGUGGAGCAGAACUUCACUCAGUUUCUGCAUUUCUUGGCGGACUUGCAGCUCAAGAAACUAUAAAGUUUAUCACAAAUCAAUAUAAACCAACUCACAAUACGUUUAUCCACGAUGCAGUGACUUCGAAUUCUGCUACUUUCUUUUUCUGAACAAAAUUUCUUCUUCUUUUUCUCUUAUUUUGUAUAAGACUGUAUUUAUUAAAUGAAAUAAUACAAAAACUACAAUUUUAAUAAUUA